AAACAGGAAAAGAAAAGAAGGGUGUGGCAAAGGUUUCGAAAAACCACAGCCAAUAUAAGCAAGUCGUUCUCUCUCUCUCUAAAACUAACACAAUAUAAACUAACAAAAAGGCUAUCAUCUUUUCGUCUAUUAAUUAAAGGCUGAGUUCAGAGUACGGGAAGAUGACUCACCGCAGGAUCUCCUUCUUCCCGCUUCUUGUUACAUUGCUAUUUCUUGCUAUUGCUCCUGCAAGAAACAUUGCCGGCGAAAACUCUGUAUCAACUGCAUUCGGUUACCAUGGAUCAAAUGGCCCUUCCAACUGGGGAAAGCUGAACCCGAAUUUCACUUCAUGCGGAAGCGGGAAAUUGCAGUCUCCUAUCAACAUUAACAGGGACAGAACUGUUAUUAACAAAAAUUUGAAACCCUUGCUCAAGGGUUAUAAACGUGCUAAUGCUACUCUUGCCACAAAUGGUGCCGUUGUUGGGGUGCAUUAUGAAAGUGAUUGCGGAGGGAUGAACAUAAAUAACAAAAUGUAUGCCUUGAAGCAAAUGCACUGGCAUUCUCCCUCCGAGCAUAUGAUUGAUGGGAUCCAGUAUCCUCUGGAGCUUCACAUGGUCCACCAGUUAGGAGACGGCAGCUAUUCUGUUAUUGCAAUCCUGUACCAAUACGGUGAAGCUGAUCCAUAUCUCGCCCAGAUUGAGAAAAGUCUGGAUCAGCUGGCUGAGGAAGUGAAUAAAGGUGGUAAAGAGGCUCAAGUCCCACUGGGUAUAAUCAAUCCUAAAAUCUUGAAGAGAAGUAGCCGUAGAUUCUUCAGAUAUGUUGGCUCUCUUACCACUCCUCCAUGCACAGAGGAUGUCAUCUGGAACAUCAUUCCAACGGUAAGAACCGUAUCAAAGAACCAGGUGCGAGCACUAAAAGCUCCAUUGAACCAAGCUUACAAGAAUAACUGCAGGCCUUUACAGUCCUUAAAUGGCAGAAAAGUUGAGAUUGCGCCAAGAGCUGAUGCUUAAGUUAGCAUCGUGAUCAUGAUUAGUUAACUUCUAUAAUCCUGUUAAUCCUUAAUAAAUAUAUAUAUAUAUAUAUAUAUGGACCAGUUUAGCAUUCCUUCUAAUCAUUUUGCCUUUUCCAACUGUGUUUGUAGCAAUAUUUUGACCCUUAACCAUUUCACUGUAUGAACAGUUCUACUCUUGCCUAAAUAAUGAAUAAGGCCAAUGAGUUACUGCUUUAUCUUCAGUUUCUGUAGACCUCAAUUUAACAUAUGUAAAACCCAAAUUUCUUUAAUUGAGUUAACAUCAUUAUACACUGUUGAAA